CCAGGUCCUGCGAGGAGUGAGUUGUUUCAUCUGGCUUGCUCCGGGGUAUCUUUCUCUUCCUACCCAUUUCUGUUAUUAUCUGGCCUGCCGCUCGGAUAUUUAGGUGGCUCUGCGUCAAGUCAAAUUUUAAAUUCUCUCCAGUCUAGCCUUGAUUCGUAUUCAAAACUUGGUACUCCCCACUCCACUCUGGUUAGCAGGGCGACAAGCAGGGGAGGUUUCCAUGGGGAAACAGGGCUCUAUUUGGGGCCAGGUGCAAUCCUAUUUUAAUUCUUCCCUGGAAAAUUCCUUGUGACUUCCCCUGAUUCUGAUGGAGUCUCACCUGCGAACUGAUUCCUCGCACAUCCCUACUCCAGACUUGGCUCUUCCAGAUGUCCGUGAAGAUGGCCACGUGAAGUUUGUAAGCCAAGGUACCACUGUAUCUCGAAGUGCCUCUUCCUUGCAGAAUCCAGCCUGCAGGUCAAGCAGCUCUCACAGGGUUUUGGGAAUCCUCCUCGCUGCUCCACCUUGAGCAUCUCCUUGCCUGGGGGCCACUGGCUUCUAUUCCAUCCUCUGGACAGAAAGGCCAGGCAAAGCCCACGUUGUCCUGAAGUUUCCCCCUUUCCUGUUGCGCUGUCUCAAUCCAUUCAGCCCUCUGGCUUCACUCUCAUGUGCCUCCAGCAAAGUGCCCACCUGAUCCCCUCUCCCCAAACUUUGCAUAUAACAGACGGGGCAUAAAAACAUCCAGUACAGACACCUUCUUACCAGUUCCUUGCGGUGCCAGAUAACGCCGCAUGUUAUUUCUUAAUAACAUAAAUAAAACGACCCUUCGCUAGAUUCAGAGGAACAGAGAACAGUGACUUGAUGAGCUGCAUGUGGCAGGAAGUGACUGUGUGGUGCUGGAAAGUAAACCUGGACGGAGUCACAUGGGUGGCUUGGGCCUCAGAGCGAGGCCGGGCCGGGCUCGCAUUUACGGGAAGGAAACUCCCACUUACUGAUCUGUGGAAAGUGAAACCGCUGUGUGCAGCAGCCAUGGCUGACACCCCCAAGAGCACCAUCUGGGCUCUCUGCGAGGAAUCCACUUGCCCCAUCUGCCUGGAUUAUUUCAGGGAUCCCGUGAUCAUUACCGAGUGUGGGCACAAUUUCUGCCGAGCCUGCCUGAGCCAGAGCGGGGGGAAUUCAGAUGCACAGGCCUCCUGCCCCCAGUGCAGGGGGACCUUCCAGAAGAGCAGCCUCUGGCCCAAUCGGCAGCUGGCCAGGAUUGUGGAAAUCGCCAGAAAAUCAAGGGAAGAGGCCGUCAAAGGUGCUGAAGGGAAGGUGCAACUCUGUGAGAAGCACUGGGAGCCCCAGAAACUCUUCUGCAAGGACCACGAAGCCCCCAUCUGCCUGGUGUGUGACAGAGCCAAGGAGCACAAGGAUCACCAGGUGGUUCCCCUGGAGGAGGCGUCCCAGGAGUACCAGGAUCUGCUGCAGCGUCGCCUGGAGAGUCUGAGGGAUGAGAGAGGAAGGAUUUUGGCAUGUAAAGCAGAGGCAGAAAGGGAGAAGCAGGCGCUGCUGGAGCAAACAAAGGCAGAGCGGGAGGAGAUGGUGGCUCAGUUCAGGCGCCUGCAUCAGUUCCUGGAAGAGCAAGAGAAGUAUCUCCUUAUCCAGGUGGACGAGUUGCAGGAGGAGAUUGGCAGGAAAGCGGAGGACCACCUGGCCAGGCUUUCCAAGGAACUCUCUUCCCUUGAAGGCAUCAUGCGGGAGGUGGAGGAGAAGAGCCGGCAGCCGGCAGCUGAACUCCUGCAGGAUGUGAGAAGCACCUUGCAGAGAAGUGAGAAGGAGCCCUGUGAGAUCCCAGCGGCUGUCCCUCUGGAGCUGAAACGGAGGAUCUGGUACUUCUCUGAUCGAAAGCCUGAUCUGGAGGGAUGGAGGAAGCAAUUCCCUGGAGUCAUGAGUGAAUCCAAAGGUAUUUAGAUAAGACUGGGAAGAUCCUCUCCUUCUCUUGCUGCUGUUAUAAGUGAUGGUAAAAGCUGCAAUGGGAGGAUUUUGGUUGCCUGGCUACUGGUUCACUAAUUUUUUGUUGCCUUGUUUCCCCACCGGGAAAAUCAGCUGGUGUGGAGAGGGCUUCCUGGGGGUUUUCAUUCCUGCUUUGUGUUUCACCACAUAGAAACUGGGAAGACUGGUCACGUCCUGUGCCUUUUCUUUAGCAAAGCCUCUGAUGAAGUGCCCCAUGAGACCUUCGGUGGCAAAUUAGCUGAAAGAGGGGAUCAGCUCUCAAGGGCGCCACAGUUGGCCAUCUUGAGUAUUACAGAGAGUUCAGUGCUCCGCAAUUUCAGAAAAUGCAGACAGGCUGGGAAUGGUUGAGAUGAUCUGAGGACUGGAAACGAAGCCCCGGGGGGAGGGAUUGGAAGAGCUGGGCCUGUUUAGCCUCAAGCAGAGAAGACUGAGGGGAGAUAGGAUGUCAAAUAUUUGAAAAGAUAGUAAGAGGGGAGGGCCGAGUUCUCUUUUUUAUCAUAAAUGGUUGCAGGACACGCAAGAAUGGGCUCCGGUUAAGGGACUGCUGAUUCCAGCUACGUAUCAGGAGCCUUUUGCAGACCGUUGGAGCAGUCCGACAGUGGAGCCAAUGAGCCCGGGAGGUGGGGUCUGUCCCAGCCUGGAGGCAGCCCAGGUGCAGCUGGAAGCCCUCUGGGAGGGACGCUUCAAGAGGAGGCCUGCACUGAGCAGGGCGCUGGGCCUGAGGGCCCUCUUGCCCCUUCCAGCGCCACUACUCUGUGAUUAUUCAAUUUCCACAUAAUUUUGGAAUCUGGAGGGGUCAUCCUGGAAGGUUGCUUGCUGGGAGCUGCAUGGCAGAAGAAACAAAGCGUCACCUGUACCCAUUUCUGGCCCGCCCCCCUUUCUAGCUUGGGGUCCCCAUGUGCACAGGAAGCCCCAUUGUGGCUUCCCCCGUUGCCAGCCUGCGGAGUGGGGGCCGCAGCUCCCCAGGAAUCGCUGUUGGGCUACAGGCAGCGCCUGCGGUUCAGCCGUGCAGGGAAGCCUGGCCAGGCGGAUUCGCGGGACACUCUCCGGUUCUGCCCUUGCGGAAUGGAAGGGGCCCCUUUACUUGUGAGUCGCACUUUCCUUCUUGCACUCAUGGAUGGGCUGUUGCCAAAAUGCUGCUAUGCUCCAGUUUCACUCCUGUUUCGUUUUGUUUCCCAGCCACUCUCCCAGGUUGUGGGUUUGCUUGUUUCUUAGAUUGAGAAAAAUACGGUCCUAUUUUAGAGAAAGAGGCCUGGCACUGGUUUUCCUCCAAUACUUGCACUGUUUCCCCAGGGCAUCGCGCCACCUGCGGG